CUUCCACCUUGUUGACUUGAAACUAAAGCAAUAAAACCAAACCCAUUUCCUUCUCUCUCGAAACCCCCACGAUGCUUCUUCUCUGCUAAAACCCCCCAUUUCUUCUUCCUCUCUUUCUCGCCAAAACAAACCAGAGAGACCCAUUUCUUGAUGGGUGUGUUUUCGUUUCAACGAGGAUCGAGAACCGCGACGACCCACGAAGCCUUGCCGGUCUCCGGCGCCGGUGCUUCCUCGCCGGCGACGAACAAGCGACGAUGGUCCAAUCUUAUGCCGUUCGUCGUUGCGUUUGUGGUCAUUGCGGAGAUCUCGUUUCUGGGUAAGCUUGAUUUGGCGAACAAGGCUGCGUUGGUGGAUUCGUGGACGGAGUUGUUCUCGCCGAUUCCGAUGGUGAGUGGUCGUGAGGAUUUGGGCCUGGCCGGUGAUGAUUUGGGCCUGCUGACCUGUGAGGAAUGGUUGGAGAGAGAGGAUGCUGUUGAGUAUUCCAGAGAUUUUGCGAAGGAGCCUGUUUUGGUCUCUGGGGAUGAGAAGGACUGGAAAUCUUGUUCUGUCGGAUGCCAGUUUGGAGACAAUUCUGGUAGAAAACCUGAUGCUGCAUUUGGUUUUGGUCAUCAAGAUGGGACAUCCAGUGUUCUCCGAUCCAUGGAAUCAGCUCAAUACUACGCAGAGAACAAUAUUGAUAAUGCAAGACGGAAGGGUUAUAAUAUUGUUAUGACUACUAGUCUCUCAUCGGAUGUUCCUGUUGGAUAUUUUUCUUGGGCCGAGUACGACAUCAUGGCUCCUAUCCUGCCUAAGACUGAGAAGGCCCUUGCAGCUGCAUUUAUUUCCAACUGUGGUGCUCGCAACUUCCGCUUACAGGCUCUUGAAGCUCUUGAAAAGACUAACAUCACGAUAGAUUCUUAUGGUGGUUGCCACAGGAACCGUGAUGGAAAAGUGGACAAAGUUCAAACUCUGAAGCGCUAUAAGUUCAGUUUGGCGUUUGAGAAUUCCAAUGAGGAGGAUUAUGUUACUGAGAAGUACUUCCAAUCUCUAGUUGCUGGAACUAUACCUGUAGUUGUCGGUCCUCCAAAUAUUGAAGAGUUUUCUCCUGGUCCUGGUUCAAUUUUAUUUAUAAAGGAGCUAAGUGAUGUUGAGUCAGUAGCCAAAACCAUGAAAAAACUUGCAGAUAAUCCUGAAGCAUAUAAUCAGUCACUGAGAUGGAAGUAUGAGGGCCCAUCUGAUUCUUUCAAGGCCCUUGUGGACAUGGCAGCAGUACAUUCAUCAUGCCGUCUUUGCAUUCACUUGGCCACAAUGAUUCGAGAGAAAGAAGAAAGCAGCCUAGAGUUCAAAAGACGACCUUGUAAGUGCACCAGAGGUUCAGGAGUUGUGUAUCACUUAUAUUUGAGAGAAAGAGGCAGAUUUGAGAUGGAAUCCAUUUACAUAAGGUCGAGCAAUCUGACUCUUGAGGCCUUUGAGUCUUUGGUGCUCACAAAGUUCCAAUCGCAGAAACAUGUGCCCAUUUGGAAAGAGGAAAGACCUGAAGUCUUGAGAGGAGGAGACAACUUUAAAGUCUAUAGAAUAUAUCCUGUUGGUUUGACACAGAGGCAGGCUUUAUAUACCUUCAGAUUUAAAGGGGAUGCUGAUUUUAGAAGUCACGUAGAAAGCAACCCGUGUGCGAAGUUUGAAGUCAUAUUCGUGUAGAUAUAUGCAUUGUCACCUUUAAGCAAGGAUAUGUCAACUUUUAGUCAUUCUCCAUUGAUACAUUUACGGAGAGAUUGAGGUGAUCACAACACAUUCGGGCAACUUUGUUAUGUCCUCAUUUACACGUUGAUUGUUACAGGAGUCUUUAGGAAGAAGGUGAUAGACUGUACGUUGAUGAUAUGACCAGCUAAUUGUGAACCCUUGACAAAUAGGGGAGAAAAAAAAUCGUAGUCCAGAUUUACACAUCUUUUCUGCCUUGUAGUAAAUGGAGCUGAUUACAAACGUUCGACUGUUUAUUUG